AUUUUCAUUUUGUUUGGCGAUUGCUGCUGUCACUGGGUACUGUUUUUUUGUUUAACGUUCUUUCGUCUAUAGAUUUUUAUUUUCUUCGUUUGAUUAAGUAUAUUUUUAAAUAGAUUUUGUGCCCCUUGUUGAUGAUAUUACUAGUGCAGAUAAGCAUUUACACUUUCCGGUGCCAACGCCUUCAAUUCGGUUAGAGAUAAUAUCACGACUCAACAUGGAAAUUAUUCCCAACAAAUUCAUGCAACAGCGGUUCGAUCGCCAAAAACAUGAAAUUGAAUCGUUCGUCGUGCGAAUCUACCGACACAAUCUGAUCAAGGAUGGAGGCAUCAUCAAGAAGAAGCUCCGAGAAAAGCUGCUGGAGGAGAUUCGAUUGCGGCGCAUUACCCGGGUCAAAAUGGAUGAACUGGGCUGGGUGCUAGUUAAUCACGGUCUUGUAAUGCGCUCUGCCCUAAAGCAACAGCAAUCGACAGAAAAACAGGUCGGGCAGGGACCGACGCAGUUCAAGUUCAACAUGGAACGAUUGAGGGAUCUACUGGAGAAGCACGAGCAACGGUUUCAUGAAGAUUUGCUCACAAAAAAUCAGAAUAGUCGGUCAAUGGUUGAAGAAGCAACACGUGCGAACGAUCAAGCAUUAAAAGAAGUUCGAGCGAUGGUGGAUGCAAAACGUCCGCUUGCAGAUAUCGUCUACGUAACGAGCGUGGAACGACUACUAAAGCACAACUUUGAACCAUCAUCGCAAAAUUGUUUCGUUUGUAGGAAAAGCUUUCUUUCGCCGGAAAAAUACGCUAACCAUUUUGAGACUUUGCAUAAGGAAACUUUCAAAAUUAUUCCCACCAGUGAUUGUUUUCAAACCGGACAAAAGUUAGAAGUGGUGCAACACUAUGAUGCACUGAGUCCAGUGACACGUUUCACAAUUCAUAACAGGUGGCAUAUGGCCAUGCAUAUCGAGUGUGUGUACCUCUACCAUUCGACGAAACAACUGGUACCGAUCAAUCGCGACGUUUGGCCGAUCACGAUUAACCCGGGUGAUGACUACAAGUUUUCCAUCACUACCGGAAUGUUCCUGGUGACAAAUUACGACUACACUAUUCUGGUGCAGUUUAGUCGCAUUCUAGAAUAUAUUGAGCAAUAUCACUUCCGUGUGCUGAAGGCACCGGUUGAAAUACGAGUAACUCAGAAUCCGAUCGUAUUGUCAAAGUUGAAGGAUUAUCUACCACCAGUUGAACUGCUGAAAGUGUUCAAGAACAAUUUCGAGGUGAUGGAUUCAUACACUAAGGAAGAAAAUAGGUUGUGUGACAAUAUCCAGGAAUUUCUGAAAGCAGAGGAAAAGGUCCGACUUAAUUCAGGAAACUAUGUUGAGAUGCUGCAGCUGAUGAACAACAUCGAGGACUACAACGUACAGCUCGAGCUUUCUCGGUAUGAUAUGAACGACGUACAGCUCAAACCGUGCGGCCCCAAGAGAUUCUACUGCUUAAAGCUCAGUCAGUUCACCACAGCUCCGAAAUCUUUAGUGGAAGGUGAUUACAUAGAGCUAUCCUGCACGCGACCUAAUAAGUCCAUUAAAACCGUAGUCGGCGUUAUCUCGCAACUAUGCGCUAACAAGGUGAUGUUCGAAACAGAAGAACCGCUUCGGCAUGACAUUAAGUGGCGUAUGAAGUUCAGUCCCAAUCGGACGCCAAUCCGGAUGGAGUACCAAGCGUUGGAGAUCGUUAAAGAUCAGGGAUUAAGCGGGUUCUUUUUCCCCACAAAAGUUGUUGAGAAAUUCAAGCCAUUCGGAAGAAAUCAAUUUGAAUGGUUCAACAUCAACCUGGCCACGAACGAGGAACAGCAAACGGCUGUCGCCAACAUUGUUAACGAAACGGCUCGGCCAAACCCCUUUGUCCUGUUUGGCCCACCUGGAACGGGCAAAACAUCGACCUUGGUCGAAGCGAUUGCCCAAAUUUGGAAGCUAAAGCCGGAUACACGCGUGCUUGUUACGGCGUCUUCUAAUUUUGCUUGCAACGAACUCACCGAACGAAUACUAAACAUUAUCCCCAAAGAACACAUACUGCGUUUCUUCUCCAAACACGCCGAGCGAAUGAUGUCCGACAUGCCUUACCGUUUGAUAGAGUGUUCCAAUCUGAACACAGGAACAUAUCGGUUGCCUUCCCCAGAAGAACUGUACGGAAAACGAAUCGUCGUCAGCACUUUAACAUCGGCCGGCAAACUUGUCCAGGCCCGUAUCAAGCCUAACCAUUUUUCGUUUGUAUUCAUCGAUGAAUGUGGCAGUGCCACGGAGGCUUCCGCUCUUGUGCCGAUUGCUGGAAUUAUAACUACGAAGAGCUCCAUAAACGGUACAAUUGUCCUUUCUGGCGAUCCUAAGCAACUCGGUCCAGUGAAUCGCUCGGAGUUCGCUGCCAAUAUGGGUUUACGAAUUUCCAUGCUAGAACGACUGAUGAAUUUUCCCCUGUACCAGAAAAAUCUGACUACCAACGAUUACAAUAACAAUGUCAUUGUCAAACUCCUUCAAAACUAUCGCUCCCACAAGGCCAUUCUGAGCUUCUCCAACGAAAGAUUCUAUCAAAAUGAACUACUACCAUGUGCCUUACAGGAGUACGUUGAUUGGGCCCUUCAAUGGUCAGAACUUCCAUCGAAGCAAUUCCCAAUUAUCUUCGAAUCAACCAUGGGUAAGCUAGCUCGCGAGAAGGAUUCCACUAGUUACUUCAAUCGGAAGGAAAUCGAACUGGUCGAAUUCUACAUCCGAAAGAUUCUCUCCGACGGCAUAAACGGACGAUCCAUCGAACAGAAAGCCAUCGGUGUCAUUAGUCCCUACAAGAAGCAGUGCAUUAAGCUAAAACAGAUGUGCCAACGGCACGGGUGGAACGAGAUCGACGUCGGAUCGGUUGAGGCGUUCCAGGGUCGUGAGAAGCCAAUCAUGAUUCUAACUACGGUCCGAUCCGGUACGAGUGGAAUCGGUUUUCUGAGCAACGUCAAGCGACUGAACGUGGCUUUGACGCGAGCAAAAGCGCUGCUGAUUGUGAUUGGCAAUCCAGAAACACUGCAGCAGGAUCCAAACUGGUUCGAGUUCAUUCGAUACUGCUUCAAAGAAAGGGCCAUACGGGGAGUGAAAUUCGAACUGGACGAAAAGCGGCAACAGGUGAAAGAACUUGUGGACAAAGAAGCUUAUUUAUCGGUGAUUCAUGAGAAGCUCAAUAAGAUCAUCAAUAACAUGAGUGUUGUAAAAUUGUAAGUAAGCAGGUGCGUAUGAUAUAUUUUACGGGUGCUUUUAAAAGUAAUUGUGUAUUUGAAAAUAAUUUUAUCAUUGUUCUUAUUGUAAGCGAUAUCUAAUAAAUUUUCGUAAGAGAUUUAAAUA